AACUUUUGGUAUACCUUGCAUUGUCGCAAAACAUGUCACUAUAGUUGAGCUCUGUCGCGGAUUUUCUAUACCUACAUUCUAUGACUGACAUCAAAACUAUGAGGACAACUAUGCACUAAGGCAACUGAAGGCUUCACAAUACUCUUGGAAGGAAAUAUGAACGCACCUUUUGCAGCAGAUAUAUCCAACGAAGGAUCUCCGUCUUCCUCACAACACCCACUAGGUGGACAAUAUUACAGUCACUAUCGAAAUCGCAGCGCAGUGUCUGGACACAGUGAAAACGAUUCGCCGAGGGAUGGCUAUGUUCCGAGGAGGGCCAGGUCCAAGAUAAUAUGGCCAGACGAGACCGAACACUGCUGGAGCGAUGCGGUAACAGCCGAUGCGGUUCUUUCUUUACUCCGCAAGGAGCCAGUCCAAUCUCCGUCGAGCAAUACUUCUAGAAGCGGCGGGAGUACCCCAGACCAAACCCGUCUGAAAUGCACUGUCUGCUUCAGGUAUCUUAAGAAUGACUCAUACCCAGAAUCACCGAUUGCAGCUGGCUGCAACCACUCAACUGUACCUGAGAUGCACAUAUGCAAAACCUGUCUUCGCCGGAGUUUGGAAAUACAGUUCUUUGCCUCGAGUCUGGGCUCUCUGACCUGUCCUCUCUGCCAUGAGCAACUAUCAGAUGACGAAGUCCAGCGGUGGGCUAGCAAAGAGACCUUCGAAGCCUAUGACUACAUACGCACUCGGCAAAUGUUAGAAGAGGACGCUGAGUUCGUUACUUGCGUCAGGCAAGGUUGCGGAUAUGGGCAACUGCAUGCCGGUGGCUUAGAAGACCCAAUUGUCGUUUGCGGCUCGUGUGGGACUCGGACAUGCUUCAUACAUCGACAUACUGUCUGGCAUGAUGGUUUAACAUGCUCGGAGUAUGAAGAAUAUAUCAACCAUAGAAGUGAUGAUUUCGAGGCACGUAAUGAAUUUCAGACAGGUUAUCAAAUGUUUCCUGAAACCAAUGCACCGAGGCAAUGCCCAGAGAAUUGGUCUAGUCAAGCGGCCAUGAGUAUGCGGACAAUUGUUGAGACGGCAAGACCUUGCCCUGGUUGUAAUGUGGCCACAGAGAGGUCAGGAGGGUGCAAGCAUAUGACAUGUAUCUUAUGCCAGCAGGAAUGGUGUUGGGACUGUGGGAUUCGUUGGCACCGGGGACACCUCGACAUUGAAUGUAUCCAGCCUUGGCAAUAUAUCUGAUGCAGUAUAUUAACCACAGAAUAUGUACUCCAGGGAAUCAUACACUCAGGUCCAGCAUUUACUGCAUUUAUUAAUUAGUGAUCAAUGGAUUAACAAUUAGCGGCAGUCUUGGAAGGUUGAUUGAAGUGACAUGGGUGGCGGGAGC